UGUGACAGCUCUUUGACGUCAGCUGGAGGCAGAGCCUGUGGUUUCGGCCGCGCAGCCAAAGCCGUGUGAGAACCCAGUGGAUGCUGGAUUUAUCCCCGCUGCCGCCACUGCCGCCGCUGCUGUUUCUCAGGGGCUGCCAGAGCAUGGACUAUUAAAAACUUGCAUUUCUGCAGUGUGAGGUAACAUUUUGACACCAACAUGGGAAAGCAGAACAGCAAGCUACGCCCUGAAGUCAUGCAAGAUUUGCUAGAAAGUACAGACUUUACAGAACACGAGAUCCAGGAGUGGUACAAGGGCUUCUUGAGAGACUGCCCAAGUGGACACUUAUCCAUGGAGGAGUUUAAAAAAAUCUACGCCAAUUUUUUCCCUUAUGGGGACGCUUCUAAGUUUGCGGAACAUGUGUUCCGCACUUUUGAUGCCAAUGGAGAUGGAACAAUAGAUUUCAGAGAAUUCAUCAUAGCCUUGAGCGUGACGUCGAGAGGUAAACUGGAGCAGAAGCUGAAGUGGGCAUUCAGCAUGUAUGAUCUCGAUGGGAAUGGCUACAUCAGUAAGUCAGAGAUGCUGGAAAUCGUACAGGCAAUCUAUAAGAUGGUUUCUUCUGUAAUGAAGAUGCCGGAAGAUGAGUCAACACCAGAGAAAAGGACAGAGAAGAUCUUCCGCCAGAUGGACACCAACCGUGAUGGAAAACUCUCCCUAGAAGAGUUCAUCCGAGGCGCCAAGAGUGACCCAUCAAUAGUGAGACUCCUGCAGUGUGAUCCCAGCAGCGCCGGGCAAUUCUGAACCCAGUCUUUGGAUGAAUUAUGUAUCCGCUUUUUUUUUUUUGUUUGUUUUUUCCUUGCCAAACAACAUUCAUGGUAGUGUUGCCUCUGUAUGGCCAAUUAUGCCUUCUUUUGUGGCAUCUUAUAGCUUCUUUUGUUGUGGAUUAAUUAUAAGAAUGCUGAAUUGCUCUUACCGAUUUGUCCAGAGCACAAGCAGUACUGUUUUAAACAGAUAUUGUGGUGUUAUCAUUGUUUUAAAGAUUAUUAUUAUUUUUUUUUCUUAAUGUGUCUGUUUUGGAAAGUACACUUGAGAAGGACAAAA